GGCCUGGUGGCUCAGGCCGAAACCGUGCCCAAACUCCAACAUUUCUGUUAUCGAUCUCAUCUGUGAUUAUCUAACCAACUCCCCGUCCAAGUCACACCCAGCACAGAUGUUCUCUCUCCAUACUAUAUAAAUAGGCGUAUACUUCAUCUUCACCAAACAGUUCAAAUUCCUUUAAUUUUGGACAGAUUGAGCCAUUUUAGCUUCUGGGUGUUCUUUGUUUUCAUUGAUAUAAACACAAUCAUGAACGCUCUCGCCGCCACAAAUCGCAAUUUCCGCCAUGCUGCUCGCAUUCUUGGGUUGGACGCUAAGCUCGAGAAGAGUCUUUUGAUCCCAUUCAGAGAAAUCAAGGUAGAGUGCACGCUUCCUAAGGAUGAUGGAACGCUGGUGUCGUACGUUGGAUUCAGAGUCCAACAUGAUAAUUCCCGAGGGCCAAUGAAAGGAGGGAUCAGAUACCAUCCUGAGGUCGACCCCGAUGAGGUAAAUGCUCUGGCUCAAUUAAUGACUUGGAAGACUGCUGUAGCAGACAUUCCAUAUGGUGGAGCUAAGGGUGGAAUUGGGUGCACACCAAGGGAGCUAAGUAAGAGUGAAUUGGAGCGCCUUACUCGUGUCUUCACUCAAAAGAUUCACGAUCUUAUUGGAGUUAAUACGGAUGUCCCAGCACCAGACAUGGGAACUAAUGCCCAGACUAUGGCAUGGAUUUUGGAUGAGUACUCGAAAUUCCACGGUUACUCUCCGGCUAUAGUGACUGGAAAGCCCAUAGAUCUUGGUGGCUCGCUGGGUCGGGAGGCUGCAACUGGUCGUGGCGUUGUUUUUGCCACAGAGGCUUUACUUGCGGAGUAUGGGAAGUCAAUUAAGGAUUUAACUUUUGCUAUUCAGGGCUUUGGAAAUGUCGGAUCUUGGGCUGCAACGCUUAUUCAUGAGAGGGGUGGUAAGAUCGUUGCAGUGAGUGACGUCACUGGAGCAGUUAAGAACCCAAAUGGGAUUGAUGUUCCGGCUUUGCUUCAACAUAAAGAAACAACAGGGAGCUUGGUUAACUUCAAUGGUGGAGAUGCCAUGGAUCCCAAUGAAUUGCUGGUACAUGAAUGUGAUGUUCUCAUCCCAUGUGCUUUAGGUGGAGUUCUGAACAGAGAAAAUGCUGGAAACGUGAGGGCUAAGUUUAUCAUUGAAGCAGCAAAUCAUCCUACUGAUCCUGAAGCAGAUGAGAUUCUAUCUAAGAAAGGAGUCAUAAUACUCCCUGAUAUCUAUGCCAAUGCUGGAGGCGUGACUGUCAGCUAUUUUGAGUGGGUUCAGAACAUUCAAGGUUUUAUGUGGGACGAAGAGAAGGUGAACAAGGAGCUUCGGAGGUAUAUGACAACAGCAUUCCAUAACAUCAAGAACAUGUGCCAGACUCACAAUUGUAACCUCCGAAUGGGUGCCUUCACGCUGGGGGUGAAUCGGGUGGCACGUGCCACAGUGUUAAGGGGUUGGGAAGCAUGAUUUUCUUUCCUCUCUUUCUUCAGAUAAAUUGCCUGUUGCAGCUAUUGAAGGCAAAGCUUGGUACCCAUUCUGAUUCUAGUCUAGGUUUUCUUCUGUCCUUGUUGAUUUACUGAAAUUUCACAAACAUUGAUCAUUGUACUAUUUGGGGUAACCAUUUAAAUGAGCUUGAUCAUUGUACUAUUUGGGGUGUCCAUUUUAAUGAUAAUAACUGUGGCAUUCCAUCAA